GUUUCUUCUUUUAGAAUGCCACGUCGGGUUGGAUACAGGGGCCGGGUGGGGUACAGGGGGAGGACAGGGUAUCGUCAUGUCAACAGGAGAAAUCGAUACUACAGUUCCUACUACCAAGGGUACUACACAUAUAACAGAUAUGGGCUUGGUCGCCGUCGAUCCUAUCCAUGGAUAAGAGACCUAGAGGAGAUGUCUGCCUCCUCGAGGAGACGACGAGAGAGGAUCACAAGAGAAAGGGAGGAAAGUGAGGAGAGACGACCUUCAUCUUCUGACAGGAGGGAGGAGGAAAGAAGAGAGAAAGAAAGAGAAAGAAGAAGGAAAGAAGAAGAAAGACUAGAGAAAGAAAGAAAAGAAGCUGAAGAAUUACUGGAGAGAAUGAAAGAAAAGGAGAAAAAGGAAAAAGAAGAGCGAGAAAGGUUGGAAAGGGAGCGAGCUAGUAAGAGACCUCUAAACAUUAAGGAUAUAGACUUUGACAUCCAGAACAACUGUAAGGCCCACCACACAGAGAAGUUUGAGCUGACACAGCUUCCAGAGGACAAACGAGAGCUCAUUGUCCGCAGAGGGCAGGAAUUCAAUAUCAUCCUAAAACUGAACCAGGAAUAUGAUAAAACAAAACAUGAUCUGGUUCUUCACUUUAAGACAGGGGCAAACAGCCAUUUCACUAAUGGAACUGAUGUCACCAUGGUAGUGGAUGAAAGUGGUCGAAAGAGCACAGAUCCAAACACCUGGCACACUCGCCUGGCCAGUCAGGAUAAGACUUCCGUCACUGUGGGAGUGUGGGCCCCGGCUAACUGUAUCAUAGGAGAGUGGUCGCUCUUCAUCUCAGCUGAGAGCAAAACACGGGGAUACAAGGUCCACGAGGAUGAGUAUGAGUGUCCCGCUGACAUCAAUAUUCUCCUGAAUCCUUGGUGUAAAGAUGACCUUGUAUAUAUGAAGAACACUGACUUGUUAGAAGAAUAUAUACUGAAUGACCAGGGUGCAGUUUUCCAAGGCAGUUCUGAUAUGAUUGGGGCAAAAGUCUGGAAUUUUGCUCAGUUUGAAGAGGGAAUUUUGGAGGUGUGCUUUGCCCUGCUGAGGAAAUCUCAUGGUUAUACUGUAGGACCUCACAUGUCUAACCCAGUAACCAUUGCCAGAUCUAUAUCUGCCAUUAUAAACUCUAAUGAUGAUGAUGGAGUAUUGGUUGGUAAUUGGUCUGGUGAUUACUCAGAUGGUAAGAGUCCUACAUCGUGGAUAAACAGUGCAGACAUUCUUCUGCAGUAUGCCCGAUCAAAAGGUGAAGCCGUCAAAUACGGGCAGUGCUGGGUAUUCUCCGCAGUGGUAACUACAGUAUGUCGAGCCAUUGGUCUGCCUUGUAAGAGCGUGACCUGCUUUGACUCAGCCCAUGACACUGAUGGAAGCACAACAAUUGAUGCCGUGUUCUCAAGAAAUAGUGAAGGGAUGCUUGAAAAAGAUGAAAGAAGAUCAAAUGAUUCGAUCUGGAAUUUCCAUGUGUGGAAUGAGGUAUGGAUGGCUCGACCUGACCUUGAGGAUGAGUACAAUGGCUGGCAGGUGAUUGAUGCCACACCACAGGAGUUAAGUAAUGGAAUCUACUGUUGUGGACCAGCUCCAGUGGCGGCCAUUAAGACUGGCAACUGUAAGAUGAUGUACGACCUUCCUUUUGUUUUUGCUGAAGUGAACUCAGAUCACAUCAGAUGGGAGUAUGUUAACAAACAUACAUGGAUCAACAUGGGUACAAACACAUCUGCGACUGGAACAAAGAUCUACUCCAAAAAGCCUGAUGGUAAACCUUACACAGAAUCACUGACCAUUUCUCGGUGGUUAAAAGAUGUUCCCCAUGACGUGACUUCAGACUACAAGUUCCCAGAAGGGUCAAGAGAAGCCCAAAGAGCGGUUGAUAAUGCUGCCCAGUCUUCUGUGGUACACCGAGGGAAACCAAGUCCCAAAGAUGUGACAAUAGAAUUUGUGAAGACUGAUGGAAUAAUGGUAGGACAAGAUUAUUCCUUGGAGUUUAAAAUUACCAACACCAGCAGUCAAAAAAGAGAUAUCUCCAGGUUACAUUUAGAGCUCUACUCCAAAUUUUACACAGGAGAAAUCAAAUCCAAAAUCUUCUUCAAACCUCUCGCAGGCUUCACAUUGAAGGGAAAAGAAAGCAAAACACUAAAGGAGAAUGUACCCUCCAGUGUCUAUCUUAACAAAAUAGCAGAACAAGCCAAUAUGGAAGUCAUCAUCUCCGCCACAGUUACUAGGGGAAAUAAUAGCACAGAAAACAUAGUCAAUGUUGACAACUUCAGAUUAAGAAGGCCAGACAUUGAAAUCAAAAUACCCAGUAGCUGUAAGAAGGGAGAAGAAAUUACAGCUCAGCUCAGCUUUAAGAACUUUUUACCUGUUCCAAUGACCAAGUGUGUUUUAUAUUUAGGUGGAGCAGGAUUUGAAAAAAUAAAGGAAAUUCCACAGAAAGAUGUCCCCGCUCACUCUGAAUGGAGCCUCUCUGUUAAGGUCAAAGCCAGGAGAGCUGGUAUGGAACAGUUCUCCGCGACUUUUGACAGUCUGGAAGUACCGGACAUCUCUGGCAGAGCUGAAGUCCAGGUCAAAAUUAAAAAUGACCUUAGAAAAGUUGUAACUUGUAUACAUGGAGAGAGAGAGAGCGAGAGAGAGAUCUAUAUUGCCUUUCAGUUCCCAUUUUCUUCCUGCUUCCCCGACAUGAAACGUUUUCAAAAUACUUACAGGAUGUAUACAAGACUUUAUCGGAGUGGAAUUUUCACCCCAUUGCCCACCGAAAGCACUCAUGAAUGCGAGGAACCGACAGUUUCGCGGAAUAUUGCCACAUACGGGCCACCACGGAUAAAGGAACAACCAUGGGUCCGGGAUGAGCGCCUUGCGAAACCUUUGACCCCAUCAACAAUAGACGCGACAAAAAAUGUUGAUGAGAAAGAGGAAAAGGCAACGAAAGAGGAGCUUUCCAAGGAAAUACAUGUAGUGUCGGUCGAUUUAAACAUUGAAGACAACGCCAAGAAACACAGAACAGACCUGUACGCUCUUACAAAAUCUCGUACGGAUCAAGACGGAAACACUCUACCCCCGGAGCUGGUUAUCAGGCGUGGUCAAAAUUUUGGAAUCAAAAUCAACUUCAAUCGACCCUUCUCACGAGACAAUCACCCCCUACAAUUAGUGAUGUUAACAGGAAAAUUUCCAAAGCCUUCAGAUAUUACAUUAGUGCAGCUCGAACCUCUGAAAUCAGCAAAAACUGAACAUGGCUGGAAGUGUCACAUAAAGGAUAUCAAGGAAUCCUCCGUCUUCUUGGACAUUACGCCGUCCAGUGCUUGUGUCAUUGGCGAGUGGUCACUCAGCAUCAUGACGUCACCAUCCGAUAAAUCGUCAGACAAAGCAUUUUGUUAUGAAGUUCCGGAAGAUAUAAAUAUUCUGCUAAAUCCUUGGUGUAAAGAUGAUCCAGUGUAUCUUUCUGAUGAGAAACUUUUGGAUGAGUAUAUUCUGAACGAUAAAGGAGUCGUGUACGCUGGCAACUAUCGGCAGAUUGGAGGGAGGACAUGGAAUUUUGGCCAGUUUGAGGAGGGUAUACUGGAAAUUUGCUUCCAUCUUCUACGGAGAGCUCAUGGAAACACAGUGAACGCAAAAGGGAUGUCGGAUCCGAUUCAGAUUUCACGCACCAUCAGUAAAAUCGUUAACUGCCAAGAUGAUGACGGAGUGCUUGUUGGAAACUGGAGUGGAGACUACAGCGACGGUCGGAAACCGACUCACUGGUCCGGAAGUCCAAAAAUACUGCGUCAAUAUGAGAAAAAUGACGGAGAUCCUGUUUGUUUUGGUCAAUGUUGGGUAUUCUCGGGGCUCGUGACUACAGUUUGUAGAGCGCUAGGCAUGCCCGCAAGAAGUGUGACAAACUUCAGUUCUGCUCACGACACAGAUUGCAGUCUUACCAUAGAUACCGUCAUGCGUAAAAACGAAAACGGUGAUAUGGAAAAAGUUCCAGAGCUCUCCAACGAUUCAGUCUGGAAUUUUCAUGUCUGGAAUGAAGUAUGGAUGACUCGCAAAGAUAUUGGAAGUGGCUACGAUGGAUGGCAAGCAAUAGAUGCUACACCUCAGGAACUAAGUGGAAAUGUGCACCAAUGUGGCCCAGCAUCAAUCGCAGCCAUUAAGAAAGGCGACUGUUCACUGAACUAUGACACAGGCUUCGUUUUUGCCGAGGUCAAUGCCGACAAAAUGAUAUGGCAAAUACUGGAAGAAGACAAAUGGAAGUUGCUGUAUUCUGAUACAAAUGAUGUUGGGAAAUGCAUCAGCACAAAAGUUGCCGAUGGCAAACCAUUUUCUGCGACUCAAGGAGUAGGCGCUGACAAAUCCAGAGAGGACAUUACAGAUCAUUACAAAUACAAAGAAGGUACACUAGAAGAAAGAAGGAUAGUUACUCGUGCCACUGCAAUGUCCAAGGCCGACCAAAAGAUGGAUAAGGAUAUAAAACUGAGCCUUAUGGAUGAGGAUGGGAUAAUGGUUGGGGAGAAUUUUACGGUAAGAGUCAAAUUAAAGAAAUUCUGUGAGGAAGUGAGGACCAUUGAUAACCUAACAAUAGACGUCUUCACAAAGCGCUACACCGGCGAAAUCGUCUCUAAGGUGACCAGCCAUAGCUUCAAGGACAUUGUCCUUGCUGGAAAGUCAAAAGAAAAACAUACUAUCAACCAUGAAGUUAAAGGAAAAACUUACAUACCUUACCUAAUUGAGCAGUGUGCCAUGGAAAUCCGUGUCAGCGCUCUUGUUAAAGAAACCGGCGCAAUGUACAUGAAGACCGAUGACUUCCGCUUGAGAAGACCCGACUUGUUACUUGAUGUUCCAUCAUUAGUAUUUAAGGGAAUACCGUUUGGUGUAACGGUAUCUUUCAAGAACUCACUUCCAUAUCAACUGACAGAAUGUAAACUGGACCUGGACGGAGUGGUAGAAGAUGAAGAGAUGGAAAUGCCGGACGUUCCUGGGGAUUCUUUGUGGAAAGAAGUGAUUAAAGUAACAGUGAACAGAAGUGGAAAACAUCAGAUCAGUGCUAGCUUUGACAGUGAACAGCUGGUCGACAUCUCUGGAUACAUCAAUUUUGAAAUUCAGGAGUCAAUAUGACCAAUUCGCUAAUCAUAUAUCCACAUGAACUUCUAAGACCAAAAUUUGUCAUCUUAGAGCUGACCAAGAAAUCAACCACCCUUCCUACUAUACUUUCAGGAAAAAUGACCUCCACCUAGUAGUGCAAUAAGGUCACUCUUCUUGAACUAUGCCUUAUCCUGAUGUAACAAAGUUAGCUCAAACAAUAGUAUUUCAUAAGAUCAGAAAUGCUCCAUUAAAAAAUUCUGCUAUACUAACAAUGUCAUUUAUAUCUUCAAUUAAGUUGUUUUUGUAGAAAGUUCUCUUAUAUACAGAUUUAUUCAAUGUUUAAGGAUGGUUUUUAAUUAUUCACCUCUAGUUUAGUUUCAUUUUUAGGUCACCUGAGUCACUCAGGUGACCUAUUGCUAUCUGUUUUCGUCCGUCGUCGUCCGUCGUGCGUCGUGUGUUAACAUUUGAACAUUUUCAGCUUCUUCUCUGAAACCGCUGAACCAAUUUCAGCCAAUUUUAGCAUAUGGCAUCUAUGUGUGAAGGGGAACAAAAUUUGUGAAUAUCAUGGUCCCUGCCCCCCUGGGGCCUGAGGGGUGGGGCUAAAACCACCAAAAUUAAUGCAAUCUUUAAAAAUCUUCUUCUUUACUCCUGG